AUGGCAGACGUUGGGGAUGACAAAAUCGUUGGGGUACAUGAACAUCCCGAGCCCGAGACCUCGGGAAGUCAGGCGGUUUCUUUCAAAGAGCCUGAGGAAGCCGGGCAAGAAUUUGAAGAUGAUUUUGAUAUGGCGAGGAUCGAGAGGGUCUACAAUAUAAUGUCAGCUUUUUGGAUAUUGUACUUCCUCUGCUCUGCAAUCCGUUCCAAUGUCGGCCUGGCACAGACCAUGAAUAAAUCUGCAGGCCACGAUCUCGAACAAGUCCUGCAUUUGACAGCCAAGCAAACGUCAACCGCUCUUGCCCUGUUCUACGUCGCUUAUGUCCUCUUCGACUUCCCGUCCAACCUAGUCAUGACAAGACUUAGCCCAAGGAUAUGGAUGUCGAGAAUUGUCAUUGCCGUUGGAAUAAUUGGGGCGUGUUUCGCCGCUGUCAAGGCUGCUUGGAGUCUCCUUUUUCUCCGCUUUCUUCUAGGCGUAGUGAUUGCGGGCAUGUGGCCAGGCAUGGCAUACUAUCUGACUCUAUUCUACCCUCCUUCUCGGACCGGAAAGCGAAUCGGGCAGUACUUCACCGCGGCUCAAGUAUCGGCAGCUGUAGUAGGUCUAGUGUCCGCAGGCUUCCAGAAGAUGGAUGGAGUAGGUGGAUUGGUCGGGUUCCGGUGGAUGUUCCUCCUUUACGGUCUUUGUGCCAUCAUAUUAGGAUUUGUAUUAUUGUGGUGGUUGCCCGAUCGUCCCCUGCCGCCUGGAGAGCCGCGAGUUCGAAGUGGUCUCCUCAAAUGGCUGCCUGCAACCCCGCCUGUUUUGACUGGUGAGGAUGCUGAGGUCCACUAUCGUGACCUAACACGAGUGUAUCACCCAAGAAGAUGGACCGUGAAAGAUUUGGCGAUGGUGCUGAUUGAUUGGCGCCUCUGGCCCUUGAUUUUCAUGUACUUUGGAGUUGUUGGUGUGGGUAUAGGGACGCAACUCUAUGGGACGGUCAUAAUCUCGGGGAUUAAUCCCAGUUUCUCUGGGGUUACCCUUAGCUUGUUGUUUGCACCUAUCUGGAUCAUGGAUCUCAUUGCUAUUCUACUGGUGACCCCUAUUUCUGAUCGCUUCCACCAUCACCGGGCGAUCUUCUUCUCCGCAGCAGUCUGCAUUCAGAUUGCCGGCUUGCUCACCACCACAUUCGCUCCGGUGUCUCGCCCCUGGGCUCGAUAUGGUGGUCUCCUGAUGGUUGGUUUUGGACUGGGGCCAACGGUCCCUAUCUGUAUGACCUGGACAAACGAGAUCUUCCAACGACGGCAUGGUGAAGUCGGCGUCGCAUCUGCCGCUGCUCUGGUUUCUGGACUAGGCAACCUAGGCAGUGUUAUGACAACCUAUGCGUUGUACACCGGCUGGCCAGAAGAUUCCAAGACGGGCCCACACCAGUAUCGAAAGAGCAAUUUGACUAUGAUUGGUAUACUUUGCUUGAGUAUCUUGAGCAGUUUCCUAAUGACGAUCUUGCUUAAGACCGUAGGCAACAAGCCAAGCAACAAGAUCCAUAGUGGUGGCAGCUCUGCCAGCGAGGCCAACGAGUUCCAAGAUGGGGCUGCUCGGCGUGAGCAUCGCCAGCGAGGCUUUGGACGGAUGUGGUGGAGCAGAUAG